GACAUCACUGCGUGGCAGCGUACUGCAGGGCGGGGGUAUGUUUUCUCACGUCAACAGAUUAAAUAUAUACAGUACUCUUCUCUAACCUUGAAAUUUAAAGGCAAGCCGGCAAUAUUUCCCGAAAUUCGAUUAAUCCAAAACGGAAUCAUUGUUAGGAGAGGACUGGCGUCGAGGCAACAACAGCCCACUGGACUGGGUGGACCAUUCCUGUACUUGUUUGGGUUUGAGGAUGCUGCAGCGGUGGGCAUCGCACAUUUGCAAGUGAACGUCACCACUCCCUGGUUGAACUUCAAGCUACCCAACGUUAUUGCUGUUAUGUGCCUCUCCUCCUGACACCAACCGAGCUGCAAAUAUGAUGCCGAUGAUCUUAACAGUGUACCUCAGUGAUGGAGAGCAGGCUUUAACAGAGGUACCCAUCACCCCAGAAACCUCAUGCCGUGACGUGGUGGAGUUUUGCAAGGAGCCUGGAGAGAGUGGCUGCCAUCUGGCUGAAGUGUGGCGAGGCAAUGAGCGAGCUAUUCCGUUUGAACACAUGAUGUAUGAGCACUUGCAGAAGUGGGGCCCUCGUAAACAAGAGGUGAAGUUCUUCCUCAGACACGAAGAGUCACCCACCGAGAGCAGUGAUCAAGGGAGCCAGCAGUCUCAGGAGCAGGCCAACCGCAGGACUGGAAGCAGUGGAGAAAAGAACGAGAAUGGGGUGGGGAGCCCCCGUGUGGAGCUCACGCUGUCAGAGCUGCAGGAGAUGGCCACACGGCAGCAGCAACAAAUUGAGGUGCAACAGCAGAUGCUUGUCGCUAAGGAGCAGCGUCUGCGCUACCUGAAGCAGCAGGAGAGACGGCAGCAGCAGUCGGUGUCUGAGACGGAGAAGCUUCAGAGGCUGAAGGACCGCGUGGAGAACCAGGAGGCCAAACUCAAGAAGAUCCGCGCCAUGAGGGGCCAGGUGGACUACAGCAAAGUCAUCAACGGCAACCUGUCUGCCGAGAUCGAGCAGGUGAACGGGUUGUUCCAGGAGAAGCAGGCGGACCUGCAGGCGGCCGUGCUGCGGGUGGAGCAGCUGAGCCUGCAGCUGGAGGACCUGCGGAGAGGCAAGCUGAACAACCUGCAGUCCGCCCUGGGAGGGCAGGUGUCCAGUACCGCCGCUCUGGAGCUGCGCAAACUCUACCAGGAGCUGCAGAUAAGAAACAAGCUGAACCAGGAUCAGAACAGCAAGCUGCAGCAACAGAAGGACCUGCUGAACAAGCGCAACGUGGAGGUGACGCUGAUGGACAAGCGCAUCACUGAGCUGCGCGACCGCCUCUACAAGAAAAAAGCUGAGGCACGUCCAAAAGAGAACGUGCCUCUCAACCGGACUAAUGGACCGCCGUCUCCCCAGCCGGCCCCUGGGACAGUGGGUCGCGUGGCAGCCGUGGGGCCGUACAUCCAGGUCCCUGUGCCGGGGACGCAGGAGAGUGGGUACUCUGUGCCGGCAGACCCCCUCAAGCCCCAGUCGCUGGGCGUCAACGUCCCCAACAACCAAGCCCGCUUGAAAUCAGCUAACGAAGCCAGCUGGCCCACACUAGGCAAGGGCAAUGCCUUGCUAAAACCCCCAGACUGGAGAGAGUCUGAGAUUGACACCCAAGGCACCACUCCACCUCCCGGCUCCCCCUCCGCUUCCACCACAGACAAGGUGAUGGACUCCAACAAGAUGGCCGUCUCCUCCUCCCCUGCCGUAUCCAAGCUCCAGCCCCCGCCUUACGGCUCGCACCUCCUCUCUGCGGCCUACAACAGCUCGCUGGAGCGCCGCAAAGACGUGCCUCCCCUGCGACCUCACCCCAACCCCCCGGCCCCCUCCUGGCCCCGUGUCGUUCCCCCAUCCGGCUCGUCCUCUCAGCAGAUUCAGCAGCGCAUAUCGGUGCCCCCCAGCCCCACCUUCCAGCCAAACUCGCCCCUCUUCCCCCCGGGGCUGGGGGAGCGGCUGGACCCGCCUCUCGCCGUGGCCGUUCGCCCCUUCAUUCCAGACAGAGGGUCGCGGCCGCAGUCGCCCCGCAAGGGCCCGGCCACCAUGAACUCCAGCUCUAUUUACCACAUGUACCUCCAGCAGGCGGCGCCAAAGAGUCACCCUCUCAAACCCGCUCUCAAAGCAGUGUAUGGAAAACCUGUUCUCCACUCGGGAUCCACGCCCCCAUCCCCUCUGCCCUUCAUGCUGUCAGGAGGGCCCUUCCCUGCAUUCCAGGGCCACGAAGACUCUUUCGAUGGCGAAGCGACAGAUCCGGAAGGUGGCCAUGCCCCAGAGUCCUCCGCCCCCCCCCCCAACGUCGAGAACAUCCCGCGGCCUCUGAGCCCCACCAAGCUGACGCCCAUGGUGCACUCGCCGCUGCGCUACCAAAGCGAUGUGGACCUGGAGGUGCUGCGCAAGAAGCUGGCCAACGCCCCGCGGCCCCUGAAAAAGCGCAGCUCCAUCACGGAGCCCGAGGGCCCCUCGGGGCCCAAUAUCCAGAAGCUGCUCUACCAGCGCUUUAACACGCUGGCAGGGGGCAUAGAGGCUGCUGUGGUGGGGGGAAAUGGGGGAGGGGGGGCCGGGGGAGGCACGCCCUUCUAUCAGCCCGCCAAUCCGCCAGACUACCCUUGCGGUAACAUGGCGGCGGACGCCGACAACGGGAAUCCCCCUCCGCAGACACCCGGCGCUGAGGGACCAGCCUCGGAAGCCCUCCCGCCGCCAAACGACACCAACGACAACCAGGCCCUCGCGUCGGCCCCGGAGGGCCUUUUGAAUCCCCCCGACCCGCAGGAGUCUGAGGAUAACCACAACAACAACCUGGAGGGUCUAGUGGUCAUGCUGCCCAGCCCGGUGCUCGAGGUCAGCUCUCCAGAGGACGCCGGGACUACGCCCUCACCCGCAGUGGACAAGCGUACUAACUUGAAAAAAGCCAACUCUGAGCGGACAGGCCAUGGCCUCAGAGUCAAAUUCAACCCCCUGGCCUUGCUGCUGGACGCCUCACUGGAAGGAGAGUUUGACCUGGUGCAGAGGAUCAUCUAUGAGGUGGAAAACCCCAGCACUCCCAACGAUGAAGGCAUCACCCCACUACAUAACUCUGUGUGCGCCGGGCAUCACCACAUAGUCAAGUUCCUGCUCGACUUUGGCGUCAACGUCAAUGCUGCCGACAGUGAUGGCUGGACUCCCCUGCACUGCGCGGCGUCUUGUAACAGCGUGCACCUGUGCAAGGUCCUGGUAGAGUCGGGCGCUGCAAUCUUUGCCAGUACCAUCAGCGAUGUUGAAACUGCUGCAGACAAGUGUGAAGAGAUGGAGGAAGGCUUCAUUCAAUGUUCCCAGUUUCUCUAUGGCGUUCAGGAAAAGAUGGGGGUGAUGAACAAGGGCGUCGUAUAUGCCCUCUGGGAGUACGAGUCCCAGAGCCCAGACGAGCUGUCGUUUGCAGAAGGGGACGCCAUCACCAUUCUGCGGCGGCAGGAUGACAACGAGACAGAGUGGUGGUGGGGUCGUCUCGACGACAAGGAAGGAUACAUCCCACGCAACCUUUUAGGGCUAUACCCCAGAAUCAAACCGCGCCAGCGCUCCCUUGCAUAAUUCUCCUGUCCCUCUGUCCCUGGUGAACAGCAUGACUACAGACAUCACUCAACACCUGAGGAAAAACAUGGUGCCUGGUGCUCCCCUCCUGCAUCUCCCUCUGCCAUACAUUAGCCUCUUACUUCUACAACCUGUGAACUAUGAAGCUUGAGACUUAACCCCCCCCCCACACACACACACACACACACACAUCGAGCUAUCAACAGCAUCCCCACGUCAACCACUGAUUUGCUCCAACAGACACCAGUUCUAGGCUCGCCAUUUCAUACUCCCUCCCUGAUCCAGCAAGAAUUCAAUAAUAAACAACUGAUUUUUAUUUGACCCAACUUACACGUAUUCAUUGGAGAACACCCCCAUACCAUACCACUGCUUUCUGUAAGUGCGUGUGCAUGCGUGACAGUGAAGAACUUUGUGUGGGCUUUGUACAUUUAGUCAUUUAGCAGACGCUCUUGUCCAGAGCGACUUACAGUAAGUACAGGGGCAUUCCCUGAGGCAAGUAGGGUGAAGUGCCUUGCCCAAGGACACAACUGUCGGGAAUUGAACCGUCAACCUUCUGAUUAAUAGCCCGAUUCCCUAACCGCUCAGCCAUCUGACUCCUUUGUAGGAUGAUACCGAAAUUGAUCUGUGUGUGUAACAGUUUUAUGUGAAAAGGGUUGACAAAAUCAGUUUAUAAAUUGAGAAUGUGUUUUGUUGGCGGCCAUAGAGAGGGAUAAAAGAAAACAAAUCUAUGCAUAGAAUCUGACUUAAUUACAGUGUUAUACAAUCAUAAGUGGGAUCUUGAUACAAGUACACUUACAUAUAAAUCAAGUUGUUCGUUUUCACUUCAGUAAGUGGUCCCCAAGGUAUUUCAGAAUAGGCUUUCUUAUCAUUGCCUUAUUUCCUUUUAAAUUCGGAUUAUUUGAUCUCUACACUUUUUUUUUUUUACUUGUAAUUAAGUAGAAUGGGCAGUCCUAUCCUUCAGUAUGGUCUUUAUCUUGUAUUCAUACAGUAGAAAAUUUGACAUUUUGAAACAUUUUUGAGGAGAAGGCCAAACAUGUUUCACCAUCACCCCAAUUGUACUAUUGAAAAUCAUUUAGAAAAGAACACUUGCAGGCAUUUUUUUUUCUUGUAUUUACAGUAUUGGAGAGUGUGUGUGUGAGAAAGAGACCGAGCACUUGACCUAACGGGAUCCAUUUUCACAAUCUCAACUGUCAUUUUCUAUAGGUGGCAUAGGUUUUUAUUUGCAUUAGUCUGUUCCUCAAAUGUAACCAUAUUUGCAUUCAUGUGACAUGAGAUUGGUAAUCUGCUAGUUAGACACGACACGGCCUUUCCCUGAAUCAACUGUAAAUACUGUGUGAGGAGUUUAGUGUUUGAGUGUGUAUGAAAACUGUACUCAUGCUGUUCAGUAAACGUGCACAAUAAAAUGGUCCGAGCAUGACGAGCA